UCAACACAAGGGACUGGCUUUAUUCACUUCCAUAGAGGACUGAAAUACAUCAGACGUGUUGUUGAGAGGGGCAGCUGUAAGGUAACAACAACGUAAUUGUGGUGAUCAAUCUCAAGAUAAAAAAUCUUGUGGAACCAAACUGAAAUCAAGGAGCAGCUGAACAUCAGGAUUCUGAUCCCUUAGGCAGUCAUGGAGCAGUCUGACAGAGAAUUGGAGGUUGAUAAAAGUAAGGACGGCUGGGUCUUGGUGAAUGCCGGAAGCACAAUCUAUCAAUUUAUCUAUUCCAUGAUUUCUACAUUAUGGUCAUAUCUUACAUCCUAUACAGUAGGACCAGUGCUGACAAAAAAAGAAAAAUUCACAGUUUCAAUAGUCACAAAUUCAUUUGACUGUGAUUGGAUGGAGAAGCUGCUGAGAUCUGCGGAGUUCAAUGCACUGGUUGAUGAUGGGAUAACCUAUAACUCAAGACAUUUAGAUGAGACAAUCAAAGAAAAAAUCUCCACAUGUUCCUGUAUCAUCUUGUACUACACAGGAGAUGUGCAAAAUGACCCUGAGAUCACUGAAGUGGAAAAUUUAUAUCGCACACCUGAAAUAAAAAAGAAUGUAAUUCUUGUGGUCGAGGACAAAGAAUCCAAGAAAAGCACCAAUGCAACAUUAAAUGAACACAUGAACAAUGUGCUUGGCUCAGAGCCGAUUUCCUUCACUAAUGGAGAAAUUCAGCAGUGCAGAAUUAAUCUCAAUUUACCCUUGAAGGGAAAACUGGACCUUAUAAAAGACCUAAUGAGCAAAGGAUCCUCGGAAUCGACAUGCCGCAAGGUUGUUGUUGGGAUCUUUUCAAGGUCGUCAGGAACUGAUUACAAUUGGUUGACAACACACCUGAAAUCUGAGGCUUUUCAGAAUCUAGUGGAGGAUGUCAAACCCUUUUUUAUCUCUAACAGCAAUGGCAAGGAGUUCCGAAAUACAGUUGCUGAGUGUAACUUCGGUAUUUUGUAUCACACCAAGAAACGCGGCAGAGUCAAUGUGACUGAUGUUACAGACUCAUUGUAUGAUUAUGAGUUGAACUAUAUGUCUGAUAUUCUGGGAAAAAGAAACGUUAUUGUGGUUGUAGAUGAUCUGCAGGAGAGUAGCACCGCAGAGAAAAACAGGAUCCUGAAGAGUCAGACCAGCAUCGGGGAACUGGCUGCAGAUAUCAUCCUGUUCACGGAUAAGGAGAGGGACCCUAAUUACAGGGAACCAUUACCAACCCCAGAAGAUAAAGAGGGUUUGCAAAAAAAGUUGCUGAUACUUAAAGAGUUGUUAGAAAAGGCAAAGGAUGAUAAAGAUGUGGUGGAAAAUGAAAGAAUCAGAACAGACAGUACUGACCAGCAGAAAAGAACAGAACAAAGUGAUCAAGCAAAGAGUGAACAAGAAAAAAACGUAACUGACAGUACUGAUGAGCAGAAAGGAGCAGGAGAAUGUGACAACGAUCUGAAAACAACAAAUGUCUAAUCUGAGACACGGGCACAAUGAUAAAAGACUCGCCGGCUUUUUUUGAGCAUUAUUUUGCAAUGUAGGUGUUUCUCCAUCACAUCCAUCAUUCUACAGAGAGAGAUAAAGAACUCUUGAGAAAAACAAAUGUCUUUUUAAAAGGCUUUGAGGGACUUUGCAGUACUAACGAGAUGUAUAAUAUCCCCUCGUCAAAGCAGAGAGGUAACGAUCAUCAGACCCACAGCGAGACCAUGGAUACUCUACAUAUAUAUAUUAUUUAGUACUUGUGUGAUUAUCUUUAAAAAUAUAAAGGCUUAUGACUGGCUUUUUACAGAUUUGAUUUUUAAUAAAUGAAAAUCAAGAUGGUAAAAUAAAUAUACCUAAAAGGUGGUUACAAUGUUUCUAUAUUAUAAUUUGUCAUUUUGAUCUGCUGAGGGUUAAUGAGGUCCAUAGGCCCCCUAUUGAGUACUGUAUCAGAUUCAUGUAACCUAAGUAUUUGUGUCUGUAUUCUUUAUUAUCUGCAGUACAUUGUGUAAUUUUUAUUAAAAUGUGUGUGUGUCAAGGGUUAGAAAGGUGUUGGCAUCUGGCACCAAUAUGGUGCAAGUAUUAUGUUUUUCCAUUUGAAUGGGACGUACAUAGUUAGUUUAGGCCAAAACAUAUUUGUCUUAUCCAGGUCUUUCAAUCCAUAAUGUUUGGAUCAUUUUGUUAAUGUUGGCAAAAUAAAAUAUGUUUUCUUAUGAUCUAUCAGAAUCACAGAAGAAAGCAUUUGGGUUGCAUGUCCCUUUUAAGGAACAUUACAGUUACUUUAUUUAUGCAUUAGAAAUGAUUCACUGCAUUACGGAAGAUAAGCAUACAAAACAAACGUUGUAGAAUAAUUUAAAACUGUUAUUAUGUUACAAAAAAAACCCUAAUCUUCCGCUUGUUGUAGUUUUUCCAGUGAUCCCAAUCUUGAGCUUGUUUUCAGCAGAUAACUUCUGAACAUCAGACAGUAUUGUAGUUUUUCCAGUGAUCACAAUCUUGUGCUUGUUUUUAGCAGAUAACUUCUGAACAUCACCCAGUAUUGUAGUUUUUCCAGGGAUCGCAAUCUUGCCCUUGUUUUCAGCAGAUAACAAAUUCUGAGCAUUAACCAGUACUGUAGUUUUUUCCAGUGAUCACAAUCUUGCACUUGUUUUUAGCAGAUAACUUCUAAACAUCAGCCAGUAUUGUAAUUUUUCUAGUGAUCACAAUCUUGCCCUUGUUUUCAGUAGAUAACUUCUGAGCAUCAACCAGUACUGUAGUUUUUUUCCCAGUGAUCACAAUCUUGCACUUGUUUUCAGCAAAAAAAAACUUUUGAGCAUCAACCAGUACUGUAGUUUUUUUUCCAUUGAUCACAACUUGUUUUUGUUUUCAGCAGAUAACUUCUGAACGUCAGUCAGGGAUUUUUUCCCCCAGUUAUCAUAAUCUAAAAAUAUAUUGCUGUUAGCACCCUUGAAGCUCAUUAUUGUUACCGCUUAAAAAGCAAAAAAAUUUAAUAUCUAUAUGAUUAAUUUUCCAAUUUUGUAAUCCAAAAGUCAAAUAAAUGUUCACGUUAAAUGAUGAAUAAAAUGGGGAUUUGUGAGUUUAGCAACUUCAUCACAGGUGCCUGCAUAUUGACUGAUCGUUUUUUCUUUAGUAGUGUAUAGUGAUACCAGUACUACUACUGUCUAUUUGUGUAUGUGCAAAAUCAAUGUUACAUUAAAACACUUUUUGGGCUACUUGGCAAUAAGUAAAAA